GGGCGCGGCGGGAACGGGGCAGGCCAGGCCGGGCCGGACAGAGCAACGCCAUCGGGCUUUUGGAAGCCGGGCCCCGCUCCCUCUUUCUCUCUCUCGCCUGGACCGGGACAGGAUGAACCGGGCGGCCCAGAGGGGCCUCAGGCGGAUUAGGGUGUCUGUCUGAAUUUGGGGUCCGGCAGGCCAUUCAGGAUAGUCCCCGGGCCACCCAGGGCAAGAUGUGGGCCCCGUGGACACUGGGCCUCUGGCUGGCCGGGCUGUGGGGCUGCUGCAGGGCUGAGUCGGUGGCAGCAGCAGCAGGAGAGCAGUGCCCAAGCUCACAGAAGGAAGGGUUGAAGUUGGAGCACAGUAGCGAUCCCUCGGCCAAUGUGACAGGCUUCAAUCUCAUCAAGCGGUUUGCCCUCAUGAAGACCUCGGCCAUCAAGAAAAUCCGAAACCCCAAAGGCCCCCUCAUCCUUCGGCUGGGCAGUGCCCCGCUGGCACAGCCGACAGAGCAGGUGUUCCCCGAGGGGCUCCCGAAUGAGUUUGUCCUGGUGCUGACGCUGCUGCUGAAGAAGCAGACGAGUAAGGAGACUUGGUACCUGUUCCAGGUGACGGACAAGCAGGGCUACCCCCAGAUCUCCCUAGAGGUGAACAGCAAGGAGCGGACCCUGGAGCUCCGGGCACGGGGCCAGGAUGGGGACUACACGUCGGCUGUCUUUUCCGGAAAGGGUGUGGCCUCACUGUUCGACCUGCGGUGGCACAAGCUGAUGCUGAGCGUGGCAGGACGCGUGGCCUCGGCCCACGUGGACUGCAAGUCCGUCUCCUCCAGGCCCCUGGGGCCCCGGCAAGGCCUGCUGGUGGAGGGCCAUGUGCUCCUGGGCGUGGAUGCUGAGCGUGGCACUCCCGUGCCUUUUGACCUGCAGCAAGCUCACAUCUACUGCGAUGCUGCCCUGGUGGUGGAUGAAGGCUGCUGCGAGAUCUCGCCUGCUGGGUGCCCCCCAGAAGCCUCCAAGGCUCGACGGGACACGCAAAACAAUGAACUCAUCGAGAUCAACCCUCAGACAACGGGCAAGGUCUAUACCCGCUGCUUCUGCCUCGAGGAGUCGCUGGCUGGAAAGGAGGAUGCUAAGGUGUCGGGGAAAGCUGGAGUGAAGGGAGAGCAGGGUGACAAGGCAUCCCAGGGCGCUUGGAGACAACGGGGAUCCCAGGAUGAUGAGUGUCCACCCUGUGCCAGUCGUGCCCGUGAGAAGAAUGUCACCCUGGGUCCAACCGGCCCGAAGGGUGGGAAAGGAGAACGUGGCCUGCCUGGCUCCACAGGGACCAAGGGAGAGAAAGGUGCCUGUGGCACCGAUUGCAUCCGAACUGCCCCAGAUGCCCCUCUCCAGCAGUGUGCUGAAGGCCCCAAGGGAGAGAAGGGCGAGCAAGGGAGCCUGGGACCCACCGGAGUCACUGGCUCAACUGGGCAGAAGGGCCAGAAAGGAGAGAGAGGAGAUGGCGGCCUCAAGGGCUCAGCAGGGAUCCCAGGUCGUGAUGGCCGGCCUGGAGAGAUUUGUGUCAUAGGCCCCAAGGGGCAGAAGGGAGAUCCGGGCUUUGUUGGACCCGAGGGACUGUCUGGGGAGCCAGGUCCACCAGGACGGCCUGGACCCCCAGGGAUUGGGCUUCCAGGAACACCGGGUGAACCCGGCGGACCUCCUGGCCCCAAAGGAGACAAGGGUAACUCGGGGACGCCAGGCAUGGACGGCUCAGUAGGGAAACCCGGGAAGCCAGGAAGCCCGGGGCUGAAAGGAGAGAAGGGUGACCCCUGUGAAGUGUGCCCCACUUUCGCCGAGGGCCUCAAGGACUUUGUUGGACUCCCAGGAAAGCCAGGGCCCAAGGGGGAGCCAGGGGUCCCGGGUCUGGCCAAGGAUCUGUUAGCUGGUGUUGGGAGCAAGGGAGAUCGGGGAGACCCGGGCAUCAAUGGAAUUAAAGGCGAGAAGGGUGAGCCCUGCCUGGCCUGUAGCUCAGUACUGGAAGCCCAGCUCCACGGAAACAAGGGAGGCUAUGGAGCCCCAGGAAUCGGCCUGCCCGGCCUGCCCGGAAAGGCUGGCAGCCCAGGACCAACAGGGCUAAAGGGGGAGAAGGGUAAUUUUGGAGACGUGGGGCCCGCUGGGGACCCGGGGGUUCCAGGGAUGCCUGGGGCCACAGGGCCAUCUGGACUCAAAGGAGAGAAGGGGGAGCCAUGUGAGCAGUGCCUGACUCCACUGGAGGCUCGUGAAGGAGACCGGAGAGUUGUGUCUGUGCCAGGGGCCCCUGGAGAGAAGGGGGAGCAGGGGCAGCCAGGCAUUGGCCACCCAGGGAAAACUGGCAAAGUCGGAGAGCCAGGCUUGAAGGGGCAGAAGGGAGAUGCAGGAAGCCCAGGAGAUGCAGGACAGCCGGGAGCCACGGGGCAGCCGGGGCUGGUGGGAGAGCCGGGGGUCCGAGGCCCCUUGGGACCCAAGGGGGAAAAGGGAGACGCCUGCGACACCUGCCCCACGCUCCAGGGAGAGUUUGCCGAUGUCAUCGGGAUCCCGGGGAAGCCUGGGGCCAAGGGAGAUCGUGGCCCCGAGGGUGUCGGCCAGCGAGGCAAAGCUGGCCAACCGGGCCUGCCAGGAGUACAGGGGCCCCCUGGCCUGAAGGGGCUACAGGGCGAACCAGGAACCCCAGGGAUUGGAAUCCAGGGACCACAGGGAGAGCCUGGGGACCGGGGUUUGCCUGGCACCCCGGGACCUCCAGGACCCCGGGGACCACCUGGCUUCACUGGCGAGAAAGGUGCCAAGGGCUCCACAGGGGUGAAAGGUGCCAUGGGGCCAAUGGGACCAUCUGGACUGAGCAUCACUGGUCCUCCGGGCCGUGAUGGGCCGCGAGGACAGACUGGGAUGCCUGGAGCCAAUGGGAUGCCGGGUGAGAAAGGAGCCCGGGGAGAGAAGGGAGACCCUGGAGAGUGCUCCUGUGCCCCUGGCUCCCGGGGGGAGCCCACCUUCUCUGGCAUGCCGGGCGCCCCAGGACUGUGGAUCGGAAGCUCCUGGCAGCCGGGUCCGCAGGGACCCCCUGGUGCCCCCGGACCUCCAGGGCCCCCUGGGAUGCCCGGACGCCAGGGAAUCCCCGGACACAACGGCCUGCCGGGACUGCCCGGGCCAGCCGGAGACUUGGGUCCCCUGUCGAUGGUAGCCGAGAGGAACAUCCAGGUCCUCAAGAACAUCUGCGGAGACUGCGCCCAAGGCCAGACAGGGCUAUCAACCCCCAGUGCGGUGAAAGGGGAGAAGGGUGACCAGGGCACGCCCGGCGUGCCUGGCUCUGACAACUGUGCCCGGUGCUUCACUGAGUACCCCAGAGCAGAGGAGGCACGGGGGGACAACAGUGAAAACGAGCAAGGCUGUGUGGGGACACCAGGCCAUCCAGGGCCCCCAGGACUACCCGGACAGAGAGGAGAAGAGGGUCCACCUGGGCUGAGGGGCUCCCCGGGCCCUCCAGGUCCUACUGGCCCCCCGGGUUUUCCUGGUGCCACUGGCUCCCCUGGAUUGCCCGGUCUUCAGGGGGAGCGAGGACUCACAGGACUCACAGGAGAAAAAGGGGAAAUGGGUCCUCCAGGGCAGCCUGGCUACCCGGGCUCCAUGGGGCCUCCUGGAUUGCCUGGCAUCAAGGGGGAGCGUGGGUACACAGGACCCUCUGGAGAGAAGGGAGAGUCGGGCCCCCCGGGUAAUGAAGGCCUCCCUGGCCCCACCGGCCCAGCGGGCCCAAGAGGAGAACGUGGAAGCCAAGGCAGUUCCGGAGAGAAGGGAGACCAGGGCUUCCAAGGACAGCCAGGCUUCCCGGGCCCCCCCGGCCCCCCAGGAUUCCCAGGCAAAGCUGGGCCAGCUGGUCCCCCUGGGCCUGCAGCAGAGAAGGGCAGUGAAGGGGUGAGAGGAGCAUCAGGAAUGCCCGGACCCCCGGGACCCCCGGGGCCUCCUGGAAUACAGGGCCCUGCUGGCUUGGAGGGUCUGGACGGGAAGGAUGGGAAGCCUGGAAGCCGGGGAGAUCCUGGUCCCCCUGGCCCGCCAGGUCUCAUGGGUUUGCCGGGCUUCAAGGGGAAGACGGGACACCCAGGCCUCCCGGGACCCAAGGGUGACUGUGGCAAGCCUGGGCCUCCUGGGAGCAGCGGCCGACCAGGAACGGAGGGAGAACCUGGUCCAAUGGGGCCACCAGGAAGGUCGGGGCCACCUGGUCUUGCGGGCCCGCCUGGGUCCCCUGGUCAACCUGGCCCAGCUGGCAUCACUGGACUCGGUUUGAAAGGAGACCGAGGAGCCACAGGAGAACGGGGGCUUGGAGGGCUCCCUGGACAACCAGGGUCACCAGGACACCCCGGCCCACCUGGUGAGCCGGGAGCAGAUGGAUCAACAGGAAAAGAGGGACCACCAGGGAAACCAGGCCCUUACGGACCAGUGGGCCAGAAGGGCGAUGUUGGCUCCACGGGCCCAAGAGGCCAGCCCGGAGAGAAGGGGAGAGCUGGCAUGCCAGGGGGGCCCGGCAAGAGUGGCUCCAUGGGCCCCAUCGGGCCUCCUGGCCCUAUUGGAGAAAGAGGUCACCCAGGGUCCCAGGGGCCCGCUGGCAACCCAGGACUUCCGGGACUGCCCGGCACCGUGGGAGACACGGUGAAUUAUGACGAGAUCAAGCGAUUCAUCAGACAAGAGAUCAUCAAAAUGUUUGAUGAGAGGAUGGCGUAUUACACUUCCAGGAUGCAGUUCCCUGUGGAGAUGGCAGCGGCUCCGGGGAGACCGGGGCCCCCGGGCAAGGACGGCUCCCCAGGCAGACCAGGGGCUCCGGGGGCCCCCGGACUCCCGGGGCAGAUUGGAAGAGAAGGGCGGCAAGGCUUGCCUGGAAUGAGAGGUUUGCCAGGUACCAGAGGGGAAAAGGGAGACACUGGCAUUGGAAUUUCAGGAGAGAGCGGCCUGCCGGGCCCCCCAGGUCCCCAAGGACCCCCUGGAUAUGGGAAGCUGGGUCCCCCUGGGCCGAUGGGCCAGCAGGGCAUCCCAGGGAUUCCUGGCCCCCCCGGUGCCACUGGACAACCUGGCAAGACUGGCCACUGUAACCCGUCGGAUUGCUUUGGGGCAAUGCCCAUGGAGCAGCAGUACCCCCCAGUGAAGAGCAUGAAGGGCCCCUUUGGCUGAGUGGCCGCCUCGACCUGGGACCCCGUCAGAAAAGCCACAGCUACGUGGUUUCUUGUUGGAUUGGUGUUGAUAUUUGGUUUAGUUUGUUUUUUUUUUUAAAAAAAGAAAAACUUCCAGUGGGUUUUACCUCUCGGGACAGAGUU